AUGGCGACCACCAACAGCCUGGUGUUGCGGGUGGUGGCCGACGAGAAACAGAACCCGCCAGGCAAGGCCACAAGCAAGAUCAACCUGCUCAUUCGUGAAUUUGGCAAGAAUCGGUCCUUUGUUGUCACCGCCAACAUGGCCGCCGCCAGGCCGGACGUCGACCGGAUCGGUGCCGCCGGUCCACCGCUAUCCGGCCCCGAGUCCUCGCUCUACGCCCAGGCCGAGGCCCUGUUUGACGCCUACUGGCAGGCAUCGCUCGCGUGUCCAAGCACAUCUGGCGCACAGCGUGUUUAG